CAUGCGUAGAUGUGUUGGAGGCCACGGUCACAACUACAAUCACUGGUUGAUUACGCACACAUUGGCGGCCCGGUUCGCUCCGUUGUCAAACGUGUCUGACAUUUUGUAGUAAAUAAUGCUGUAAUUGAAGUGAUUAUAUCGUGUUUGUGAUAGUGAAAAGAAACAAAUAUCCAAAAUGAAUGUAAAGGCGGCUGCGGCCAUUACUAUGGUCUUUGUGGGAUGUUGUUCCAACGUAGUGUUUUUAGAAAUGGUUGUUAAAGAAGACCCGGGCGCGGGUAACCUAGCAACAUUCCUACAAUUUUUAUUCAUCGCUACAAUAGGAUUUGUAACAGUUGGAAAAUUCGGUACAGCGAAAAGAAACAUUCCAUUCAAACAGUAUCUGUUAUUAGUUGGAUUUUUCUGGACGAGUAGCGUUGCGAACAACUAUGCAUUCGAUUUCAACAUAUCGAUGCCUUUACACAUGAUAUUCAGAGCUGGAUCGUUAAUGGCUAACAUGGCUAUGGGUGUAUGGAUAUUGAAGAAGAGUUACCCACCAUUGAAGUACCUGGCUAUCUUCAUGAUAUCAGCUGGCAUAGCCCUAUGUACUAUAGUAUCCAGUGGCGAUGUGAAAGCACCUAGAGAAACUCACGAAGACGCGGCCGAGGAAGAGAGACUGAAGUUCAUUGAUUGGCUCUGGUGGUGCCUAGGAAUAGCCAUCCUAACCUUCGCCUUAUUCGUAUCAGCUCGCAUGGGAAUCUUCCAAGAAUCACUAUACUCAAAGUACGGAAAGCAUCCAUGGGAAGCCCUAUACUACACGCACUUACUACCUCUAGUAUUCUGGUUGCCAACUGCCUCAAAUCUUAUUGGACACGUCAAAAUCGCAACAGAAACGCCUAUUGUAGAAUUCCUUGGCUUCGAAUUCCCAAGACAAGUUCUGUGGUUAAUACUCUACGUGCUAACACAAGGGCUAUGCAUCAGCGCUGUCUACGUUUUAACAACUGAAUGUGCGUCCCUAAUCGUAACCUUGACAGUGACAUUGAGGAAGUUUGUGUCACUUCUCUUCUCCAUAGUAUACUUCAGAAACCCAUUCACUGUUGGUCACUGGAUCGGUACUCUCCUAGUCUUUAUUGGUACCAUGAUCUUUACUGAACUCCUACAGAAGACCGUAGCAUUGUUCGUGCCAUCGAAAGUUGAGAAGAAGAAGAAGAAAUAAUACGCAAUGUGUUUUAGAUAAUCAGACUGUAUGGAAUAGUGUGUUUGGUUUCGUGGUGAGAAUAGUCUGCAAGAACUGUUUCCUUCUAUAAUAAUAAUAGAAUUUUUUCAAGUGUUUUUCUCCAACAUCACAGUGCUUUAUAACUAAUAACAAAUCACAGAACUUUUUAUCAUAGACGUUUCCCUCAACUAUGCUUGCAAAGUAUCCAAAAACGCAGUGCUACUCAUAAAUGCUAAUUAGUGAUAAAAACAAGUUUGAGAUGUGCAUACCGUUAUUGAACAGUUACAGAAAUAGAAACUAGCUAUAUUAGUGAUAUGAUUGUCAUCAAUUGUAAUGGACACGCAUAUUCAAUUGUCUGAAGUGCUAUCGUAAGAUUUCCGAUAGUUAUUCAGUUGUAUGUUACAUAUUAAAUUCAUAAGAUAAAAGAGACUAUAUUCAGUAUCAUCUUAAAUCUUUUUACAUAUGAACGUUUAGAACAAAAACGGCUGUAGAUUAUAUUUAAACAAUUUCGUCGUAAAAUUUAUUUCAAGUUAUUUAUUUAAUUUAUAUUGAUGUCUAUGUAAAAAUAAUAGGUAUAUUAUUAAUUUUUUAAGGCUCAAAUAAAUAACGGUUUUAUAAUUUGCUAAACUUUUAGAGAAAGCUAACGAUUAUUAUUUAUAUGUCAUUAGUAUUAAUAAGCGUAGCUAAAUGCAGUUAUUAAUUUGUUAUAAUAUUGUUGAUAAUUAACUUAUUCUGGGCUGAAAGUUUCUCUCUUUUCCUUUAACAGAUUUUUAACGUUAUUCUUCGGUGGAUAAAGUUGAAAAUCAAUUAUUAAAUUUUAUGACGAUUUUUACUGCCAAAAAUUGUUACAACAGUACCCUUAGUAUGAGUUUGCUUUACGUUUAAAGUAAUCAAAACGAGAGCGCGUUCGGCGCUCUGAUUGGUUAGUUUAUUCAAGCCGGCCAAUCAGAGCUCCGUACUCGUACUAAGGGUAAAGAUCAAUUAUAUCGUUACAAGAUUUGCUACAUCAUCUUACGUCCAAUAUUUUUAAAAUUGUUACUAUAUUUAACUGUUGUCUAUCGCGAGCUACUUACUCAUAACGAGUCCUUCAUAUCAUUGACAAGUCAUCCAGCGAUAAUAUAAAUAUGAUCACUACAUGAAGUGGUUUAGUGCUUCGUCAUUCCACGUCUAACAGAUCGGUAGCUCAGAUGAUUAUAUCAUGUCUCGUCAUCAUACAGCGUCAUUGUAGAUUAUGCAAAGUAGCGUGGAUUUUAUUGACCAUCUUUUAAAAUAGUAAACUCAUUUUGUUGUUAAUGUGUUGUACCUACAUAAUGGUUCGUUUGCUUUGAUACCGUAGUGCAGUUUGUUUUUUAAUGCCGUACUCAGUAAUUUAAUGGUUACUUUACCCUGUCCUUAGUAAUUGUUUUCGGUAAUAAAAUCGUUACUAAGGAAUAGUUGUAAGUAAUCAUUAAAUGUCUCUGAGUGCGGCAGUAAGGGUUUAAAAACUGUUGACUGGUUUUGUUUAGGUAAUUGUCAUUUAUCGGCCAAUUUAUCAACUCCUGGCAGAAGCUAGCGGCUUUGCCCGCGUUCCUAAGGGAUAGAAACUUUCCUAUUACCAAAUUCAGCUCAUACCCUGUCUGUGUACCAAAUUUAGCAGUUUCAUCAAAAUCCGUUUAACAGUUUCAGCACAAUUGACGGACAAACAUCAAAAUAAACAAACUUUCACAUUUAGAAUGUUAGUGUGAUUCUUUCAACUAAGACUUGAUUUUUAAAUAACUACCGAUAUUCAAGCUUACCUGGUUCCUACUUAAUAAUAAUUAAACAAAUAUUACAACUGGUCUAUAGUAAAUUUAUUCGACAAUAUUAUUCAAACACAAUAUCGUUCACGGUUUCUGUACAAAAAUAUAUAGAAUCAUUCAAGUUAUUGGUUUCUUUAAAUAUUUUUUGUUCGAACUCGGCGCUCGCGCAAGGCCGUCUCUAAUGGUUAGUUCAAAACAGAUUUAUGUUGCUUUGAGUCAUUUAUAUGGCGGAUUGUUUAUUUUCAUAUAUUUAUUUUAUCUUAUGUAACUCGUAUGUACCUUUAUCUGUAUGUAAUCGUGAGAAUGAAGUGUAAGUACACAUAUUGUAUACUAUUUAAUCAUAUAAUUGUUACAUAAUUAGUUCCUGGCUAAGAUAACAUUAGUGCCAUAUAAGUUGCUAAGGCAUUAAUGUGACAUGUGAAAUAGUUCAAGAUGCUAAGUUCAUAGAUUUUCAACUUUACCUCAAAAAGAAUAAGGUUGAGGAUCAAUUAAUCAUAAAAAUGCAAUCUAAGUCAAUACAGCAGCUGUCAAAUAUCUUAAAAAGAUUUUCGGCCUUAUUAUUUAAGUAGUAAAGUUGAAAAUCUAUUGACGUAAUUUGACAGUUUUCAAGUUAGUUCAUCAGCUGGUGUUUUUGGUGUUGAGUGAUACUUGCGUUACAUAAUUAGAGAUGAUGAUUUGUAAAAUAUUUAUUUAUUUUUGUUACAACAUUAAAUGUAUAAACACUUGCUAUAAUGGUGAUAAUUUGGGUUAUUUAUUAUGAUGUAAAAGUAUUGUAAACAUAGAACAUAAAUAAUCCAUUAAUUUAAAAAAGCAAAAUCUGUUAUGAUAGUUUUAAUUUAACUUCAAUUCUAAUGGAAAACAAUUAAAUAAUAUUUGUUAAAAUAGCGGAAUAGCAUAAUAUUCCUGAAUAAAAAAAUACAAUUAUUUAAAAAUAAUUUUGACAUCUGUCAUUAUGACAAACGUCAAACUGACAAUGUCAUAGUGACAUUUGUAAAAUAAUAAUAAUAAUUUAUUAUAGUUGGAAUUUGAUCGUUUUCUUAUGGAUGUAUUCUGUGAGGAAUAUUAUUUUAUAUUAACAAUCUAAUUGGAUUUUGUAUUAUAUGAAGAAGCAGCCUAUAUGCCACGGGUGUGAUGCUAAGUAUACUUAGAUCAAUUUAUUAUGUGAUUAGAUAUAAGUUGUAAUUGUUAUGAAAUAAAUUAACAGGUUUUUAUAAAGAG